CUCCUCCUUCAUAUCGUAUCACAAUAUUCGCGUUUAUGAAUGCACCCUGCUGUUAGAUAUGGAGGUGAAUGUUCAGCGCCAUAUAUCGGCCUCGGUCCCCGCCCACGGUUCCACUUCGCAGCAUAACCCACCGCAUAUUGCAUUCCGGAUGCUAGAUGAUUGGACCGGCAUCACUGAUCCGAAAAGAAGGAAAAUAGCGCAGAAUCGCUUGAAUCAGAGAAAGCGCCGUCGCCGCCAGCGCUGUGCUGUGGACAAUGCAGAGAGAGAGGACCGGCUGGCAACGCCACCUAUAAGCCUUGUUGGCAACUGCAUCAACCACUUUGCAUGUCUAAGGGAUCUUUACAGGCUUGGGAUUCAUUCGGAACAGGCGAAAUGGGUCGCCUGUCAGCUGGAACACAUAUGUUAUAGCCACUACCUAGCCGAUUCUCCUCGCACGGAGCUUCUCCUCGGCCUGACGCAAGUAAACCUAAUUCGGGCUCUGAUGUUCAAUAUCGAUGUCCUAGGGUAUACGUCGACCCAGAUGCACAACGAUGCCUUGUCUCCUUUCUGCAUUGCUGGUCCCUCACGGGUUGGCGAUGAAUUGGCUUCCCUCCCUCUUAGCUUACAGCCGACUGCUCUCCAGCGCUCGACUCCACACCACCCAUGGCUUGAUCUAUUCCCAAUAACUCAAAUGCGCGAUAAUUUGAUUGCCGCUGAGUCUUUUAUAGAUGAAUACGGGCUCUGCGCAGACCUAUGUAGCUCAAUAGAAGGGACAGCAGGCAUACUAGUCUGGAAAGACCCGUGGGAUCCUAGCGGCUGGGAGGUAACGAGCUCAUUUGCGUCUGUAUGGGGCCUGGCAAUCAAGGAUUGUUGGGAUUUGUUUCGGUCUACGAACUAUUGGCGCCUAAAACGGGGAGGAAAGCCGUUGUUUUGUAUCCCAUCGGUUGUAUAUACGCCGAGGCAGACAUAGGUUACCUCGAAUUUCAAUAUCUGGCCAUUCCGCAACGAGCCUCUAUGAAAUAAGAUGCGAUUAGGGCGUAGACAGGCGUGAACGCGAACCAAAAUCAUCAU